UACACACCUUUUCAGAGGAAGUCUUUGUGGACUAAAAUAUCUGUCACACUUUCUCUCUCAUGUGUCCAUUGUUCUGGAUCACAAGACCAGACCCUGGACCUCAUCAGGACCUCAUCACUCCCAGAAAAGUAGAUCCAAAGGCUCUACUUCAAAUAUAGCACAGCCUCAAAUCCAAUCCGUGCCCGAGCACCAAUCACAGAUCAGGGGGGAAUCAUCACUGGAAACUCCUGUGUUUAUGUUAUUAUCUGAGCUCAGUUUCGGAAGAUGUGCUGACCCAUUGUCGCCAGAAGAUGGCAGUGUUACCUAAUAGAAGUCAAAGGCGAACACUGGCAGGGGGAGUAGAAACAUGAUGUCGACACUGCCGGGACACCUGAAGUCAUUUAGUUCUUAUGAAAUAAGAUUUUUAAGACAAAUUAACUUCAAAGGCCGCAGCAGACAUGAUCUCACAACCUUUGAUGGAAAAACUUAAUGUGCAGGUGAUUCGUCGGCUUCAACCUCAAACGAAGAAGAAGAAGAAGACGACGACGACGAAGAAGAAGAAGAGAACGAAGAAGACGACGACGAAGAAGAAGACGACGAAGAAGGAAACAACAACAAAACAAGAAAAACAAAUAAACCCUGAAAAACUAAACUAAAUGUCAACGACAAACUAAAGCUAAAACAACAACAGAAGUCAAGGACAUUUUCAACAAUUUCUGAUAAAGUUUAACCUUCAGUUCCAGCCAAAAUGAGGGAAAUCGUUCAUAUGCAGGCAGGCCAGUGUGGAAACCAGAUUGGAGGUAAAUUCUGGGAGGUGAUCAGUGACGAACACGGCAUCGACCCCUCAGGAACGUACCGUGGAGACAGCGACCUGCAGCUAGAGAGAAUCAACGUGUACUACAACGAGGCCGCGGGCGGGAAAUAUGUCCCUCGAGCCGUUUUGGUUGAUUUGGAACCAGGGACCAUGGACUCUGUGAGGUCCGGUCCAUUUGGUCAGAUCUUCAGACCAGACAACUUUGUCUUUGGCCAGACUGGAGCUGGUAACAACUGGGCCAAAGGUCACUACACCGAAGGAGCCGAGCUGGUGGACUCUGUCCUGGAUGUAGUGAGGAAGGAGGCGGAGAGCUGCGACUGCCUGCAGGGCUUCCAGCUCACCCACUCCCUGGGGGGAGGAACCGGAGCUGGAAUGGGAACGCUGCUCAUCGGGAAAAUCCGAGAAGAAUAUCCAGAUCGUGUCAUGAACACCUUUAGCGUGGUGCCCUCCCCCCGGGUGUCGGACACAGUGGUGGAGCCGUACAACGCCACUCUGUCGGUCCACCAGCUGGUGGAGAACACAGACGAGACGUUCUGCAUCGAUAACGAAGCCCUGUACGACAUCUGUUUCCGUACNNNNAUCCAGGAGCUGUUCAAACGCAUCUCUGAGCAGUUCACCGCCAUGUUCCGACGCAAGGCCUUCCUCCACUGGUACACUGGUGAGGGUAUGGACGAGAUGGAGUUCACAGAGGCCGAGAGCAACAUGAACGACCUGGUGUCUGAGUACCAGCAGUACCAGGACGCCACUGCUGAGGAUGACGGCGAGGUCGGGGAAGGUGACGAUGAAGGCGAGGAGGCCUAGACGCCUCCUGUCGCCGACUGUCACCUUGUUUUUACCAUGCGAGACUGUGGGGCUGAGUGAAACCUGUGAACAAUUAAAAACAUAAAUAUUAGGUCUGUUUACAGUAAAGUUGUCAAAGUUUUUCAGUUUUUUUUAAAUGACCAGGUUAGAUUAUUAUGGUCUGCUCACAGAUAGACUCUUUGUUUACAUUCAGUGCAUUUUUUAAAAAGUUGACUUUUCUGUAUUUUAGUGUCGCGUCACACUAAGAUCUGAGGUCACUUUUCUUAAAGUGCAGACACGUGACUUCCUCCAUAGCAAACAAUAUAUAUCAUAGAAUAACAUAUCCAGUUAAAAUGCAUCAUGACAUCACAGCCUCUCAACGAAUCAGCACGUGUGUCUCAUCCUCCUGAUCGUUUGAGAGCGUCCUCUCACAGCCUCAGCCUAAAUGACUUUAUGCUCUAAUCUUUUUCUAUUAUUUUCCGCUUGAAGAUCGCGACGAUCUCCUGUCGCUACCUCUAUUUUAAACAAUUAAAAUGUGUGCAAAAAAAAAAUGCAAUCAGAUCUGUGUAGAAACAGUGAUAGAACAUUAUGGAUGCUAACCCCCGUUAGCCACACACUUCACCUCCGUUAAAGAUAAAAGUUUGUA